AUGAUUGCUCAGAAAAAGAAAAAGGCCAAGAAAAAACAUGUUUGGACAUCAGGCCAACUCUCAGUAACAACUUCUGAAGUGGGGCUCCAGUCCAUAAGUUCCAGCUACUUUGAUCAGGAUCACAUCAAGGAGGUGGUGAAUGAUAUCAGCAAGUUCACCCAUGUGCUGCAGUAUUUCAAAGAAGCUAUACUUUCAGACUGUUUUAAACAAUUAAUUCUUAUACGUCUGGAUGAGCUUCUCCAUGUUUUAAAGUCUGUAAUGAGUAAGCAUCAGAACCUCAAUUCUGUCGAUCUUCAAAAUGCUGCAGAAAUGCUUACUAGAAAAGUGAAAGCUGUGAAUUUCACAGAAGUUAAUGAAGACAACAAAAACGAUCUAUUCCGAGAAGUGUAUUCUUCAACUGAAACAUUGGCAUUUACCUUUAGGAAUAUCUUUACAAACUUCCUUAUGGAAGAUGUGGGCAAUGACGCAUUGUUACAACUGCCUGUUUCUCAGGAAAAUAAGUCUUUAGAAAACAUUUCUGUGGGCUCAGUGGAGUCAUCCAAUGGAAAAGGAAAUUUUUCUCCUGUAGAAUUAGUCAAUGUGCUAUUAAAAAACACUGACUCUAUUGAAUUGGCCUUGUCAUAUGCUAAAACUUGGUCAAAAUAUGCAAAGAACAUAGUGUCAUGGGUUGAAAAAAAGCUUAACCUGGAAAUGGAAUCCACCAGAAAUCUUGUAAAGUUGGCAGAAGCAACUAGAACUAACAUUGCCCUAGAGGAGUUUAUGCCACUACAAUCUUUAUUUACCAGUGCUCUCCUCAGUGACAUACAUAAUAGUCACCUUUUGCAACAAACAAAUGCAGCUCUCCAAGCCAACAAAUUUGUACAGCCUCUACUGGGGAGGAUAAAAAAAAUGGAAAAACAAAGGAAAGACAUGAAGGAACUUUGGAAACAGGAACAAAAUAAAGUGCUCAAAACAGAAACUGCUCUCAAAAAGGCAAUGUUGUUAUGCAUGCAACAUCAAGAUGAAUAUGAAAAAGCAAAAUCUUCCAUGUUUCGUGCAGAGGAGGAGCAUCAGUGCUCAUGUGGUGGAUUAGCAAAAAAUCCCAACAAGCAACUAGAAAAAAAGCGAAAGUUGGAAGAGGAAGCACUUCAGAAAGUAGAAGAAGCAAAUGAACUCUACAAAGUUCGUGUAACUAAUGUUGAAGAAAGACGAAAUGAUCUAGAAAACACCAAAAGAGAAAUUCUAACACAACUCAGGACACUUGUUUUCCAAUGUGAUCUUACCCUUAAAGCUGUAACAGUUAACCUUUUCCAGAUGCAGCACUUGCAGGCUGCCUCCCUUGCAAACAGUUUACAGUCUCUCUGUGAUAGCGCCAAACUUUAUGAUCCAGGCCAAGAAUAUAGUGAAUCUGUGAAGGCUACAAAUUCAACUGAAGAAGAAAAAGUUGAUGGGAAUGUAAAUAAACCAUUAACAAAUAGUUCCCAGAAGCCUAGAUGUGGCCCUGCUGACGCUUUAGAGGAUGUUUUGCACCUUCCUGACAAUUGUAAUGAAACAGAAGAGGACAGAUGCUCUAAGAAUGCAGACCUAACAGGAGACUUUCAUCAAAAAGUUCCACAGACUCCAUCCAGUGGAACCAUGUCUUCUGCAGAUGAUUUAGAUGAAAGAGGGCCACCUUCCCCUUCAGAAGCUGGACCCAGUUCCCUUGAAACAUUUAAGAAACCAUUGAUGUCAAAAGCAGCUGUCACUCACAAGUUCCGAAAAUUGAGAUUCCCCACAGAAUGCAGAGAUUGUGAAGGCAUUGUAAAUGUAUUCCAAGGUGUUGAAUGUGAAGAGUGUCUCCUUGUUUGUCAUCAACAGUGUUUGGAAAACUUAGUCAUCAUUUGUGGUCAUCAGAAACUUGUGGGAAAAAUAUACUUAUUUGGAGUAAAAUUCACACAAGUUGCAAAAAAGGAGCCAGAUGGCAUUCCUUUUAUACUCAAAAUAUGUGUCUCAGAGAUUGAAAAGAGAGCCUUGUGUUUACAGGGAAUUUAUCGUGAUAUUGGAAACAAAGCAAAAACUAAAAAACUGUUUCAAGCUUUGGAGAAUGGAAUGCAUUUGGUAGACCUUUCAGAGUUUCAUCCAAAUAACAUCUGUGACGUCUUAAAAUUAUACCUUCAACAGCUCCCAGAACCAUUGAUUUUAUUCCAAUUGUACAAGGAAUUUAUGAACCUUGCAAAAGAGAUCCAACAUGCUAAUGAAGAACAAGAAACCAACAAGGAUAAUCCCAAUGACAAAAAAUACCCAAAUAUGUGUUUAGAAAUAAGCCGAAUUCUUCUAAAAAGCAAGGACCUUCUAGGACAAUUGCCAACAGCAAAUUUUAACAGUCUUCAUUACCUUAUCAUACAUCUUAAGCAAGUAGUAGACCAUGCUGAAGAAAACAAGAUGACCUCCAGAGACUUGGGGGUGAUAUUUGCACCCUGUCUCAUGAAGCAAAGGCCCACAGGUGUUCCCAUCACCAACGCCAUCCUUGUUGAAUAUGUAAAUAAGACACGAUUAGUAGAGUUCCUCAUAACUCACUCACAGAAGAUCUUCAAUGGGUCCCUUCAGCUACAAGAUGUUACAUGUAAUACAGAUGUUGUUGCACCUCAGCUUAAUCAAAGCUGUCCUUCAAAACUUGUGAUAUCACCAAAAGAAAGAGAGAUACAACGUUCCAUGAAGUCACUAUAUUUUUCUUCAAAGGAAGAUAGCCACACUGCAAAUGGUGAAAGUGAAAAUUUUAAAUCAGCUACAUCAUUUGAGGAAUCAGAAUGCAAGCAAAAUACAUUGGAAAAAUGUGAUGCAUGUCUCAUUGAUAACAAAGAUCUUGAAUCAUCAUUUCAAAAGAUGGAUGAUAUUUGUGGAACCACUAAGCCACUUAUUCUGAAAUCUGAUGUGGCAACAAACAAUAUGCAGAGGCACACACCAAGGAUCGAGAUUAGGCCUGUAAAUUUGCCUGAAGAUGUAGUACUUCUUUCAAGCCCUCCUACUGAGAAAAACAGCAGAAAUGUGGGAAAUGUCAAUUCAGACAAGUUUUGCAAUAAUCCUACCUUUGAAGAACUUAAUAGAAAAGAUACCCUUACUACUGUAUGUUCCAAAUUUAAUGUCUUUGAUCAGCAGAUUCCACACAAAACUCGAGGACAACAACGUGAACAAAACAACUUAACUGCCAAGACUGCAGUGAUUGUGCCAAGUGCACUCCAGGAAAAAGUGACAGUGAGCGUCAGGAUCAGUGGUGACCAUUCCAGUGGUGCCACACAGCCCAACACGCCAGCCAGAUCAGCAAGAGAGGUGUCAGAGAGAGGGUCCUCCGAUUCUUGUCCUCUCACUCUUGCCAGAGCACCCAGAACACUACAGCCCCUACACUGGACAACAUUUUACAAACCACAUACCCCCAGCAACGUCAGAGGGACUGAGGAGAGACCAGCUUCGCCCUCAGCAUCCACGCCUCCUAGCACAGCUCAUACUCCCCUGAGUCAAGUGGAGAAACCAGUUCCAGAUGCAGACAGCACAUCAGCUUGUCCUUCGCAGCCAGGUGGUAAGCCUAAAGAGAACUCUGAGGAACACGGCCUGCCUGACGUGAAUCCAACAUGCCAGAGACCCAGGCUAAAACGAAUGCAACAGUUUGAAGACCUUGAUGAUGAAAUCCCACAAUUUGUGUAGGGCUGUAAAAUUCAGUUUUUGUUAUUUUGUUGUUUUUGUUUUGUGGUAUUGUGUUUGUUUUAUGAAAGAAUGUUUUGACAGGACCCCUUUUAUAGGCUUGCCAAAGUGUGUAUUUUGCCUUUUGUUCUUGUAUGGUGUUUGCUAGUCAUAUAGAAUAGGUCAUGUUUUAGUCAUAUAAAAUGGUAGUGCCUCACUGAAAUUGUCCUUAAAUUCUGUGUUUUUGAAGUUGUGCAUAAAAUAAGUGUCAUAAUUUUAAAAUUUCAAAUAAUUUUCCCCAUAAAGUGAUCCAUUUAAA